AUGGCCACCGCUUACCCGUACGAGGAAAACGCCUACACCUCUUUACUCGAAACAAGAUCUGUCCGUUUGCGCAACGUGCGCUCCGUUCCCUACAGGGUUAUCGAGAUUGACCUGCAGAACAAGCCAGACUGGUAUCACCUUGUCAACCCCCAGCUCAAGGUCCCGGCUCUGCGUAUUCCUGAUGGCACGAUCCUGAUUGAAUCGAUGGUUAUCGCCGAAUACAUCGCCGACAAGUAUCCCGAGUCCAAUCUGCUUCCGACCAAUGCUCUGGAGCGUGCUCAGCUGCGUUUAGCCAUCGAGCUGUUCUCGACGCGCAUCAUCCGCGCACAUCUACCAGAGUUCAGUAACGAGCUAGCUCGCCAGUGGGAGCGGCCGAGUGGCAAGAACGGGCCGUUCUGGUUUGGGGACCAGUUUGGAUAUGUGGAAGUGGUAACCACGUCGUUUGCUGGUCUGCUUUUGGCGCCUGCGCAUUACCGUGGAUUUUCUGUGCCCGAGACUGACGAGUAUGCAGGGAUUCCACAGGUGGUUCAAGGCGGUUUCGACCCACCCUGGAUUCCUCGAGGUCAAGCCUGA